ACUUAGUCAAAAUUGGUCCAUUUCAUUCAGCUCAGCUUCACAGUCCCAAAUCUUUUCUCUCUAGCUCGAUUUCGCUCUUCAAUUCCAGGGAAAAGCAUCUCUUUGGAACCAAUCUCGUUGUCCUCACUGCAUUUGAUGGCGCCCAAACCUGUUACCAGUCCCCUCCUCAAAUCGUGGUACCCAACUGGGGUCUCAAUGGUCGCCUCCAUGGCCUCAUCGUUGCCGCUUCCUUUGUCAUCUAUGAAGCUACAUCUUCUAGAAAAAUCCGGAGUCUGGCCAAGGAACUUACUGGAGGACCAGUAUGCCUUUGUCUUCUUGAACUCUCCAUUCCAUCAAUGUUCUUGCAUUUGCUUCUCCCAUUCUCUAUCUGCCAAUUUUUUUAUAAAACAAGAGAGAGAGAGGACUAGAAAGAAAAAGAAGAAGAAGAAGAAAUCCAUGCUCUCGCCUUUGUUUUCUUUCACUGAAAACGUAUUUUAUCUCUGCAUGAGAGCGAGAUACAAAACAAGUUGCUGUUGAGGAGCAGAGAGGCUGGCUUGCAAAAUUUUCAGAAUGUCAAAGAUUGUGCUAUUGUUUUUUAGUUUGCUUAUGUGGGUUUGUUCUACAAUAGGCUCUGUGACUUAUGACCACAAAGCCAUCAUCAUCAAUGGCCAGAGAAGAAUUUUGAUUUCUGGCUCUAUUCAUUACCCAAGAAGCACACCCCAGAUGUGGCCUGACCUCAUACAGAAGGCCAAAGAUGGAGGGUUGGAUAUUAUAGAGACAUAUGUAUUCUGGAAUGGCCAUGAACCUUCUCCUGGCAAGUAUUACUUCGAGGAAAGAUACGAUUUGGUGAGAUUUAUAAAGCUGGUUCAGCAAGCAGGCUUAUAUGUUCAUCUCCGGAUUGGUCCAUAUGCCUGUGCAGAAUGGAACUAUGGUGGAUUUCCUGUUUGGCUAAAGUUUGUUCCUGGCAUCGCCUUUAGGACAGACAAUGAACCUUUCAAGGCGGCUAUGCAAAAAUUUGUAUAUAAGAUUGUCGAUAUGAUGAAGUGGGAGAAGUUAUAUCACACCCAGGGAGGACCCAUUAUUUUGUCUCAGAUUGAGAAUGAAUAUGGACCAGUGGAAUGGGAAAUAGGUGCCCCAGGUAAAGCUUACACCAAAUGGGCUGCUCAAAUGGCAGUAGGUCUUAAUACUGGAGUCCCAUGGGUGAUGUGCAAGCAAGAGGAUGCCCCUGACCCUGUGAUUGACACCUGCAAUGGGUUUUACUGCGAAAAUUUCAAACCAAACCAGAUUUAUAAACCCAAAUUAUGGACAGAAAACUGGAGCGGUUGGUACACUGCAUUUGGUGGUCCAACUCCUUACAGGCCACCUGAGGACGUGGCCUUUUCAGUUGCAAGAUUCAUACAGAAUGGUGGUUCUCUCGUCAAUUAUUAUAUGUACCAUGGAGGAACUAACUUUGGCCGAACAUCCGGUAUUUUCAUCGCCACUAGCUAUGACUUUGAUGCUCCAAUCGAUGAAUAUGGCCUAUUAAGGGAACCGAAAUGGGGACAUCUGAGAGAUUUGCACAAAGCCAUCAAGCAAAGCGAACCUGCUUUAGUAUCGGUAGAUCCUACAAGUACAUGGCUUGGAAAAAAUCAAGAGGCUCGUGUCUUCAAGUCAAGUUCAGGGGCAUGUGCUGCGUUUCUAGCAAAUUAUGAUACAUCAGCUUUUGUAAGGGUAAACUUUUGGAAUCACCCAUACGAUCUACCACCUUGGUCCAUCAGCAUCCUUCCUGACUGCAAAACUGUAACUUUCAACACUGCAAGAAUUGGGGUUAGAAGUUAUCAGGCAAAAAUGACGCCAAUUAGUUCGUUUUGGUGGCUUUCGUACAAAGAAGAAACUGCCUCUGGUUAUGCGAAUGAUACGACAACUAAGGAUGGGUUAGUGGAGCAAGUAAGUGUCACCUGGGAUACAACUGAUUAUUUGUGGUACAUGACAGAUAUAAGGAUCGAUUCGAAUGAAGGCUUUCUAAAGAGCGGACAAUGGCCACUUCUCACUGUCAAUUCAGCAGGCCAUGUUUUGCAUGUCUUCAUAAAUGACCAACUAUCUGGAACUGUAUAUGGGAGUUUGGAGGAUCCCAGAAUAACUUUCAGUAAAUACGUUAAUCUAAAGCAAGGAGUUAACAAGCUUUCCAUGCUGAGUGUUACUGUCGGUCUUCCGAAUGUUGGCCUGCAUUAUGAUACUCGGAAUGCUGGCGUUUUAGGCCCUGUCACAUUGAAGGGUCUAAACGAGGGCACUCGAGACAUGUCAAAAUAUAAAUGGUCUUACAAGGUUGGCUUGGAAGGAGAAAUCUUGAAUCUUCAUUCUGUUAAAGGAAGUAAUUCUGUGCAAUGGACAAAAGGCUCAUGGUUGGUUCAAAAACAACCCCUUACAUGGUACAAGACCACUUUCAAUACUCCGGCUGGCAAUGAACCGUUAGCUUUAGAUAUGAGCAGCAUGAGUAAAGGUCAAAUAUGGGUUAACGGUCGGAGCAUUGGGCGCUAUUUUCCUGCAUACAUUGCAAGUGGUAACUGUAACAAAUGCAGUUAUACUGGAUUCUUUACUGAGAAAAAAUGUUUGUGGAACUGUGGUGGACCGUCUCAAAAAUGGUAUCACAUUCCUCGUGAUUGGUUAAGCCCAAACGGCAACUUAUUGAUAGUUUUUGAAGAAAUUGGUGGGAAUCCUGAAGGGAUUUCUUUGGUCAAGAGAACUGUGGCCUGAUAGUGAUAUCAUCAGGAAACUUUCUGUUGAGGCUGCCUUGCAACCAAGGGUGGAAUUUAUGCUAAACACAAUGAUGAAGAUUGUUAAUGUAGAUAGAAAUAAAUGAUAUUCUUAGGUUCAAAAUUUUGAUCCACAUUUAAAAUCAUUCUUGGAGGUCUAUGACUUUAUGUAAUUGUUGGAUCAUUUGUAAUGUUUAAAUACAAUCAAAUAAAUGUCAGUUUGAGUUAUAGUCUAACCUCGAUCAAGAGGCUAGAAA